AGCUAUUUGAAGAAGUGUGAACUCCUGAGCCAUUAUUUUACACUUUCCAUGGUGCUCUCCUUUCACACAGAAAUUACUUUCUUUCCCAUAUUCAUUUUCUUUUUCUUCCCUCAGGUUACAUUUCUUCAGUCAGGUUCAGAUACUCGUUGUGUCCUUGUGGGCUCUAUUUACCUAGUACCCAUGCCACAUUUUGUGAGGCUCUGUUUUCCAUCCCUCCAUGAAUUCUUGCUUGCCAGCUGUAGGCCAUGUUUCCCACUCUGAGCCCUCUAGUUAUUACAAUUUGUGCCACUUGUAAGUUGUUUCGGGUGUCUAAAUUGGUUGAUAAUUUGUAUGUGCCAAUAGUUCUUAUUUCUCCACAUAAUAUAAUCUUUCAAUCAGAGUCCAUACGUUUCACACUGUCAUGCUCACCACUCAGCAUUUAACACCGAGUAUGCCGUAAGUACAUAUUUCUUGAUAACAAUGUGUGUGAAUAGGGAUUAAUUUUUGGACCUUUUGUUCUGAUAUUUAUUUUGCCAUGCUAUUAAUCAGGCAGUUUAUACCAUUUGAAAGUAUUGACAUCUAAUUUCUAAGCUUACAUAUCGAAGUCCCUUCUGUCUGCCAUAGAAAAUGAUGUACUGGCUCGUUUUUAUGAUUGUGAAACCAUCUGGAAGUUUAUGCAAGUUCUAUGUCACUAUGAACAAGACCGUAGUGCACUUAAGAAAAGGGAAUGGGAACGGAGGAAUCAAGAAGUUCAGCAAGAAGAUGGUCUCUUCUCUUCAAGCUUUGAUCUUUUUGGGGAGCCCUACAAGGUAGCUGAAUAUACAAACAAAGGUGAUGCCCUUGCCAACCGAGUCCAGAACACGCUUGGAAACUAUGAUGAAAUGAAGGAUUUGCUAACUAGCCAUUCUAAUCAGAAUCAUCUAGUGGGAAUCCCAAAGAAUUCUGUGCCCCAGACACCCAUCAACAAAAAUGAAUCGAGCUUUUUUCCAGAACAAAAGAACCGAAUGAUCCCCCCACACCAGGAUAAUACCCCUUCCUCGGCACCAAUGCCUCCACCUUCUGUUGUGAUACUGAAUUCCACUCUAAUACAUAACAACAGAAAACCGAAACCUGAGUGGUCACGAGAUAGUCAAAAUCCUAGCACUGGACCAGCAAGUCAAGCCAGCAGCCAGCCAAACAAGAUGCAGACUUCCACACAGGACCAGCCUCAAGCCAGAUUGGAAGACUUCUUUGUGUAUCCAGCUGAACAGCCCCAAACAGGUGCAGUUGAAGAGUCAAACCCAUCUGCAAAGGAAGACAGAAACCCCAAUUCUGGUGGAGAAGAUGCUUUCAAAGAAAUUUUUCAGUCCAACUCACCUGAAGAAUCUGAAUUUACAGUGCAAACACCUGGCUCUCCCCUAGUUGCUUCAUCUUUACUCGCUCCCAGCAGUGGCCUUUCCAUUCAGAACUUCCCCGCAGGGCUUUACUGCAAAUCGAGCAUGGGCCAACAGAAGCCAACUGCAUAUGUAAGACCCAUGGAUGGCCAGGACCAGACACCAGACAUCUCUCCCACACUGAAACCUUCCAUUGAAUUCGAGAACAGCUUUGGGAAUCUGUCAUUUGGGUCCCUCUUGGAUGGAAAACCCAAUACAGCCAGUUCAAAGACUAAACUGCCCAAGUUCACCAUCCUUCAAACAAAUGAAGUAAGCCUUCCCAGUGAUCCAAGCUGUGUUGAGGAAAUCUUGCGUGAGAUGACCCAUUCCUGGCCUGCUCCUCUCACUGCCAUGCAUACUCCUGGACACUCUGACCAGAAUUCAUUUUCCAUCCCAGGACAGGAAUCUCAGCAUUUGACCCCAGGAUUCACCUUACAAAAGUGGAGUGACCCAACUAGCAGAGCUUCGACGAAGUCAGUAUCAUUUGAGUUGAUGCUUGAGGAUGACCUGAAGCUGAGCAGUGAUGAAGAUGACCUUGAGCCUGUGAAGACCUUGACCACUCAGUGCACAGCCACUGAGCUGUACCAGGCUGUUGAAAAGGCAAAACCUAAGAAUAAUCCCAUAAAUCCACCCUUGACCACCCUCCAGCCCCCGCCUACAGUGCCAGUCAAUGGGGGAUCCGGCAGCUCUAGUGAGUCAGAAAGCAGCUCUGAAUCGGACUCCGACACUGAAAGCAGCACCACUGACAGUGAAUCCAAUGAGGCACCUCGCGUGUCCACUCCAGAGCCUGAGCCACCCUCAACCAACAAGUGGCAACUGGAUAAGUGGCUUAACAAAGUAACAUCCCAGAACAAGUCAUUUAUUUGUGGCCAACAUGAAACACCCAUGGAGACUAUUUCUCUGCCUCCUCCAAUCAUACAACCAAUGGAAGUCCAGAUCAAAGUGAAAUCAAACCCCAGCCAGGUCCCGCCUGAACCCAAAGAACGGCCUCUCCUGAGUCUCAUUAGGGAGAAAGCCCGUCCACGGCCCACCCAGAAAACUCCAGAAACAAAGGCUAUGAAGCAUAAGUUAUCCACCACUAUUGACACAGCUUCUCAAAGGACAAUUGGGAAGAAACAGCCCAAAAAGGUUGAGAAAAACACCAGCAUUGAGGAGUUUACCUGGCCUAAACCAAAUAUUACCAGCAGUACUCCCAAAGAAAGAGAAAGUGUGGAAAUUCCUGACCCACCAAGAAGCAGGAACAAAGCCACUGCACACAAACCAGUCCCUAGGAAAGAACCAAGGGCUCACAUCCCCUUAGCUACUGAGAAGAAAAAGUAUAGAGGCCCAAGCAAGAUCGUGCCAAAGUCUCGGGAAUUCAUUGAAUCAGAUUCGUCUACAUCUGACUCCAAUACAGACCAAGAAGAGACCCUGCAGAUCAAAGUCCUGCCUCCUUGUAUCAUUCCUAGAGGUAAUAAUACCAAAUCCAAGGAUGCCUCUGCUGCCAACCUAACUCUCAGCAGCUUGAUCAGCAACAGCAGCAACAACCCAUCCAACAAUAAAGAAGAGCCAGCUUUGUCGCCCAUUCCGUCCAUGCAAACUGAGCUUCUGUCCCCUCUACGAGAUCAUGAGAACCUGAAAAACCUCUGGGUGAAAAUUGACCUUGACUUACUUUCGAGAGUACCUGGCCACAACUCACUCUCAGCGGCACCCACCAAGCCCGACCACAAGGAGACUGCCUCAAAACCCAAGCGUCAAACAAGUGCCACAGCUGUGGAAAAACCAGCCAUUAAAGGCAAGCGGAAGCACAAGCCAGCAGAAGUUGCAGAGAAAAUCCCUGAGAAGAAGCAACGCCUGGAGGAUGCCAGUUCUAUCUGCCUGCUUCCCCCCUGCAUCUCACCAGCCCCACCCCACAAGCCUCCCCAGACUAGAGAAAAUAAUUCAUCUAGAAGAGCAAAUAGAAGAAAAGAAGAAAAGCUUUUUCCUCCUCCCCUUUCUCCACUGCCAGAGGACCCUCCACGUCGCAGAAAUGUCAGUGGCAAUAAUGGUCCUUUCAGUCUAGACAAAAACAUCUCCAUGACUGGACAAAUCACCUCUACAAAACCUAAGAGAAAUGAAGGCAAAUUCUGUGCUACUUUCAAGGGAAUAUCUGUAAGUGAGAUAGACACUCCAAAAAAGAAUGCAUCUGCCACAGUUACUCUCACCAGCACUGCUAUUGCCACUGUCACUGCUACUGCCAUUGUCACUGCCACUGUCACUGCUACUGCUACUGCCACUGCCACGUCCACCACCACAACUACCACCACCACUAUUUCCACCAUCACCUCUACAAUCACUACUGGCCUUAUGGAUAGCAGUCACCUGGAGAUGACGUCCUGGGCAGCCCUGCCCCUCCUAUCCAGCAGCAGUACUAAUGUCCGGAGACCCAAGCUCACUUUUGAUGACUCGGUUCACAAUGCUGACUAUUACAUGCAAGAAGCUAAGAAGCUGAAGCACAAAGCUGAUGCACUGUUUGAGAAAUUUGGCAAAGCUGUGAAUUACGCUGAUGCCGCUCUGUCCUUCACUGAAUGUGGCAAUGCCAUGGAACGUGACCCUCUGGAGGCCAAGUCCCCCUAUACUAUGUAUUCCGAGACUGUGGAGCUCCUCAGGUAUGCAAUGAGGCUGAAGAACUUUGCAAGCCCCUUGGCUUCAGAUGGAGACAAAAAGCUAGCAGUAUUAUGCUACCGAUGUUUAUCACUUCUCUACUUAAGAAUGUUUAAACUGAAGAAAGACCAUGCUAUGAAGUACUCCAGAUCACUGAUGGAGUAUUUUAAGCAAAACGCUUCAAAAGUUGCUCAGAUACCGUCUCCAUGGGUAGGCAAUGGAAAGAACACUCCAUCCCCAGUGUCUCUCAACAAUGUCUCUCCCAUCAAUGCGAUGGGAAACUGCAACAAUGGCCCUGUCACCAUCCCCCAGCGCAUUCACCACAUGGCUGCUAGCCAUGUUAACAUCACAAGCAAUGUGUUGCGGGGCUAUGAACACUGGGACAUGGCUGACAAACUGACAAGAGAGAACAAAGAAUUCUUUGGUGAUCUGGACACGUUGAUGGGGCCUCUGACCCAGCACAGCAGCAUGACUAAUCUUGUCCGCUACGUUCGCCAGGGACUGUGUUGGCUGCGCAUUGAUGCCCAUUUGUUGUAGUGGGUGCUCUCCUAUAUCUAGCAUCACUGCCCAUCACUCUACCUCUACCAGCGUACUGAUGGUCACUGGUGGAACCUCAAGCAUCUGGAAUAGUUCUCUUUGGUUGCAUUUGUUUUUAUGUUUCUUUUGAUACCUGUGAAAAACUGACGUCAUUGUAAGUGGACACUACAACUUGAAAGCAUUGUUAUGUUUUAUUACUUUUCAGUUGUUGAUAUGCAUUUCUCAGAUCCUGACAUCUUUAUGGAAAUGAUGGUCACUACAAUAUUCUUUUAAGUCCACACUACCCAACACAAAGAAUGGGAAGUACAUGUGACAAUAGCAGGUUCCUGAGCAAUGAAACAAGUGGUCUGAUAUGCCAAUGAGAACUUGUACAAGAGGGGCCUGCAAAGAUUUUCAGCAAUAGCAAGGCCCCCAAACUACAGAAUUAUAUCCAAAUAAGAAUGUAUUUCAGAAUCUACAAGUCAACUUUGGUGGUUCCACAUAUUACAUGUUCAGGUGAGAAGUUUUGUUGUUAACCCUACCCCCAGUUAGAUGUUAUAGCAACAUCAUAAAAUCAAAAGUAUCAAGGGAAAAAAAAGAACACAGUGAGGAUACUCCUGUGGCUUUUGUUAGAAUCUUAUUUCUAAUUCCUUAUUUUUGAAGAAGAGAUUUUACUGAUGAAAAGGAAGAGCAACAUUUAUUUUGACUACUUUAGGCAUCAGCUGGCACAAAUAUUUUUGAACUCCACAUACUCCAAAUAUUUUUGAAGCUUAUAUCCUCACCUGGAAUCACUUUGUGCCAAGCUCUCCUUUUCAGGAGCAGUUUGGUGGAUGCAUGCCUUAGUAGCCAAAAUGCUACAUUUAUCUUAUGUUGGGAGAUGAGACAGGUCUGGAAAAUGUCUGACAUGGAAUUCACACCUCCGCCUCCUUUGCAGCCAGUAGGCAGGAUUUUAAACUGUACUUUGCUCAUAUGUCUACAAGCAAAAAUCAAUUAAUAUUACUACCUAGAAGUAAUAAUAUAUAAUUUGAUUCUUAGAAGUUUCAGAACUGAACCUAACUUCCCCAAUAAUCAUCCACAUUUUCUAUUUUUCUACACUUUUCUUUCACCUUUUUUCUUUUCCUUUUUUUUAGCUCAUUAGCUUUUGAAUGAAAUAUAAGCACUGAUUUUUUAGUGUGAAUAAUUUCCAUGAAAAGUCCAAAGAAAAUUCCAAACUCUAAGCGGUUGUUAACUAUAAAAAACUGACGCGGUAGUGCUUCACCCUGGAGCACUUUGCUUUGAAAGAGCCCUGAAUAUUGAGACCAAUUCACCUAAUUUGGGCCAUUUCUUUAUAAAAUUAUGAACAUUUCCUCUCCUAUUGAUCCUCUCCACUCAUUUAUGCCCCUAAAUAUCACCAUGUAAAUAUCAUCUUUGGUGUUCCAGCCCAUCAGAAGAAUCCCACACUGUAGUAAACAAUAGUCAUGCAUUAGUUACUUAUAAUUACCUGUUGGCAUAUAAUUCCAUGUAGCCUUUAAUCUGCUGAAUUCUGUUCACUGAGUUAUGACCAGAUGAAUAAUAGAUAUGCACAUGAAAGAUGCAAACUUUUAUGAUUUCUAAAGCAAGUCAUGCAGAUCUGGAUGGGAGCAGCAGGCGAUUACUCUGUACAAUCAUUGUCAAGGUUAGAUAUAUUCUCAGUGCAAAAGAACCAGAUAUGAGCUCUGUUCUGGUCAUCUUUGAGUCUAAAGCCCUUUGUUGUAUAAGGUUGUGAAAGUUAUACUUCAGUGGCUAAUGCCGUGUUGCUAACAUGGCUGAUGGGAACAUCCCACCAGCUUAACCCUGCACUUUUCAUGCUCCCAAUGUGGUUGAGCUUUAUGUUUAGAGUCUCAACAACAAUACUUACACUGGCACAUACAUGCACACAAACACAUGUACUCACAUAAAGUGAAACCUGAAGCUUUGCUCAGCCUCCUAAAUGAGGAAAAUGGAAAUGUGAGAGAUUCUGAUACCCAAAGUGGGUUUCACAUAUGAAAAUUAAACUGAUGACUUUGCAGUGACUCAAGUUCUCUAUUAUCCGUGGCUUACCAGGUAGACUACCUGGCUAUUACUUUAUAAUGGAGACUACUUGCUUGACUUGUAAGUCCAACCUCAACCAUGAUCUUAGACCAUCAUUGGCUUAGGAAUAGAUUCUCUUUGAAAUUCAAUCUCCAGUAACUAGAAAUGAAAAGACUAGGGGCAGUUUCCCAAAGAAACAAAAUCAUUGCCCCAUAGAUAAAAGAUUGAUUGCUCUAAUUUCAGCAGUGUGUUCUAUCUACAUACAUACAGCAGGGAGGCAAAAGGAUUUGCUGUCAUCUGUGAUGGCUGAGCAUAAAGUGUGUGCAAAAUCAGCAGCAUGAUUAUCAAAUCUGACAGUUGACCUCUGGAAUAUCACCCGAUUACUUAGUAAACCCAUUUUGAUGUAGCUCAGAAACCAAUUAAACAUGGAGGAACAAUUGCCUUUCCUAUUCCUAGAAAUAAGGUGCCAUUUGUUUCAUGACUAUGGAUUGUUGCUGGUUUUUAGGCACUCUGUUAAUUACAUUGUACAGGCUGACGUGCAUCCAAAGUGUGCAGCUACUUGAGAUUGAGGGAUUGAGAUGUUUUGUUAUGUGAAUCUCUUCAGUGUACCAGUUUGUGGGAAAGAAAAGAGAUAUGUGGAUGGCAGUGAAAGAUUGUGCCUCUAGACCUUGGUGGUAGCUUGGAAAGACAUAUCUUAAAAACAUGUGAAGGUAAGGUAAUGGGCAGAGUAACAGGCAUUUCCAUUUGAGCAAAUAUAAGGAAUACUCUUCGCCCUGCACAGUGACCCAGGUAGGGCCACCACUAUGCCUUCAUUUGUCACUCAAGCUCCAACCACAAAGAGUAUGACAAGUUUGUGUUAUAAUGUUGGCUUGGCUUUGUGUUUUUAAUUAGUUUUGGAUUUUUUAGUGGUUUUGUCAUAUUACUAUCUGAGUUUGGUAGGUAGGGUUAAUUUGAAAAGAGUUUACUAGUGUGGUCCUUGGGGUAGAAUUUAGCUGUAAGCAUGUUGUUAGCCAGCCCAUAGACUGUUAAUUACUUAAUAAUCUCAUUGGGAAAGUACUAGUAGAUUUAUCUUCAGAUGACAAAAUUGGAAACGCAGAUUAGAUAUUGCUCCUUUUAAAAGACUUCAAGUUGGGAUGACUUGUAUCCAUAUCUUCAGGACAAGUUGUGAAAUUAGAAACCAUUGGCUAAAAUGUAUUUUGUUGACUUUCCACAUGGAUGGACUUUCAUUUGGACUUUGUAUCACAAAAUAUACUGGAUUUGGUCUGCAUUGGAAAGAUACUUGUUCUAGCAUAUCUUUCCUGAAUGAGAACUUGUUUCACAAAUUUGCAUCCCAGCAACUCAAGUUGGAGUUGGAAGUUGCAAAGUAUUUUUGAAGGCAUACUUGAUUGAGUUGUGAGAGGGAAGCCCCGAUCUUACUUCUCAACAGACAUGAGAAAAUUCACCUGCAUGAGUUAGCAGGUGGGAGAACCAAACUGGAUCACUGGGUAUGAUUACUCAGUAAAGAAUGAACUGUUUGCUUAGAGCAGCACUAGCCCCAUUGAGAAAAAUGUGUGGCAAAGUGAGAUAGCUACACAAUGUCAAACAAAUGGGUCAAUUCAGUGCCCUCAAAUUCUAUUCUGUUGGGGGGAAAAUACUGAGCCAGUUGUUGGUGUUGUGUUACAACUGGCAGACUAAAUUCUUUGUUGUCGUCGUUCUUGUUGUAGCUGUUGUUGUUUCUCAUUUCCACUCGCACAGCCAGCCUUAUUCUCAUAAUUAAACUCAGAUUCAUUUUCUCUUUGGUGUUAGCAAACUCCAACAACAGAAAUGGCAUCUGUGUAUUGGUAAUCAACAUUUACUCUGGCAGGAGACUAAGCAGACAAGCUGGUCUCAGAUAUUAGUCCUACCAUCUGAUAUUUCCAACGAAGGAAAAAGUAUUAGCUCCCUUUCCAUUCUCCUCCUCACAAAUUCAGAAUCCUCUUUACCAAGACCAUCACAUUUUCUCUGUAAUCUUUCGACAAAAAAGAAUACUGCAUUGUGGGGAGGACACAGGGGGGUGGGGGUGGGGUGGGGGGGUGGGGAAGCCCCUGGAGGCCAGACUGCAGUUCAUGCCCCUUCCUGCUUCUGAAAUGAAAUGUUAAAGAAUCAUUCAUAGUGCUCACAUUGGGUUAGGGGACCCUGAACUGCUUUUCAGAUCCAUGGUCAAUCAUUCUGAAAUUGGAGCUUUGCUGUUUCAUUAACUGUGCAGUGUAGACUAAUGGUGUUUAAUAAAAAUCAUUCAAAAUUUCAAACUCCUUUGCCAGUGACCUCAAUUUUGUUGGCUCUUUGAUUGUAUCAAAAUUUGAGGAGGGAAUGUGGAAGCAAAGGAAGCUGCUUAGGAAGUCCAUGGCAAGAUGCUGCAACAACCCCAGGCCUGCCUUCCUGCCAGCGAGCACUUGCUAGCAUGCAGCAGCAAGCAGUGCACGCUGA